CGCAAGAGGACUUGGACCUGGGAAGAGCAUAAAAAGGCAUAAGGGAUUGGGAAGUGCCUGCAAACAGGCAUUGUAGCCCCACUAUAGAAGGCUUACUGUCCCUUGCUCUUGCUCUUUCCAAAGAGGAGCCUACUAAGGUCCAAACCAUGAUCAGCUCUGUGGGUUCCCUGGUGGCUGCUUUCUGGUCAGCACUCAAUCCCUGGACUCUGCUGCUGGCUAUUGUCACCUUCCUGUUCCUUGCCGACUUCCUCAAAAGCAGGCACCCCAAGAACUACCCACCAGGACCACAGCGCCUGCCCUUUGUGGGCAACUUCUUUCAAAUAGAUUUCAAGCAGCUGCACUUGGCACUUCAGCAGUUUGUGAGGAAGUAUGGAAACCUAUUUAGCCUGGAAUUGGGCAGCACUUCAGUGGUGGUUGUAUCUGGAUUGCCUUUAAUCAAGGAAAUGUUUACACACCUGGAUCAAAACUUUUUAAAUCGCCCUAUCAGUCCUGUUAGAGAACGUGUUUCUGGUAAUAAUGGAUUGAUUGUAUCUAAUGGUCAGACAUGGAAAGAACAAAGAAGGUUUGCCCUGAUGACACUGAGGAACUUUGGAUUGGGAAAGAAGAGCUUAGAGCAGCGCAUCCAGGAGGAAGCCCUACACCUUGUAGAGGCCAUAAGAGAGGAGGGAGGACAGCCUUUUAAUCCUCACUUGAAGAUAAAAAAUGCAGUUUCCAAUAUCAUUUGCUCUGUCACCUUUGGAGAGCGCUUUGAAUAUGAAGAUGGCCAGUUUCAGGAGCUGCUGAAGUUAUUGGAUGAGGCCAUAUAUUUGCAGGCUUCAGUGAUGGGUCGACUCUACAAUGUCUUUCCAUGGAUAAUGAAGCAUCUUCCUGGACCACAUCAAAAAAUUUUUAGAAACUGGGAAGAACUGAAAUUGUUUGUUUCUCAUAUAAUCAAUAAACACAGAAAAGACUGGAAUCCUGAUGAGUUGAGAGACUUCAUUGAUGCUUUUCUAAACGAAAUGGGAAAGUACCCAGACAAUACUACCAGUUUCAAUGAAGAAAACCUCAUUUUUAGCACUCUGGACCUCUUCCUUGCUGGAACAGAGACAACAUCUACGACACUGCACUGGGCUCUGCUCUACAUGGCUCUCUAUCCAGAUGUCCAAGAAAAAGUACAGACUGAAAUUGACAGAGUGAUUGGUCAUGAGAAGAAGGUGAGCCUUGCUGACCGGGAUGCCAUGCCUUAUACUAAUGCUGUCAUCCAUGAGGUACAGAGGAUGGGCAACAUCGUCCCAUUAAAUGUUCCUAGAGAAGUGACAGUUGACACUACGUUUGCUGGAUUCCACCUGCCAAAGGGAACCAUGAUCCUGACCAACUUCACCGGGCUACACAGGGACCCCAAAGAGUGGGCCACUCCAGAUACAUUGAAUCCGGAGCACUUUUUGGAGAAUGGACAGUUUAAGAAGAGAGAAUCUUUUCUGCCAUUCUCAAUGGGAAAGCGAGCUUGCCCUGGAGAACAACUGGCCAUGUCUGAGCUGUUCAUUUUCUUCACUGCUCUUUUGCAAAAAUUUACCUUCAAGCCUCCAGUCAAUGAGAAUCUGAGUAUGAAGUUCAGAAUGGGCCUGACCCUUUCCCCAGUCAGCUACCGCAUCUGUGCUGUCCCCAGACUGUGA